AUGUGUUCCCGAGCUGUCGCUGUAAACGAGAUCAUCUGCUGCGGCGUCAAAAUCGACUUCUUCGAAGACUGCGGUCACACGAUGAGUGUCGCGGAUCACCACGAAAGUUGCAAGCACUUCGAAGCUCCCCCCACCCAAGACCGCAAGUGCGGCCGGCUUCUCACCGCAGCCCAAGCACCACCACCUCCCCCACGAUCCAAAUCGAUGCACCCCAAGCCCGGCUCCAAGCUCCCAUUCCCACAGCCCCAAUGCAGAGACCUCCACCGGUACAUCACCUUCGUCCCGGGCAAAUGCGGAUGUCUCUUCCCCGAACGCACAGAUUCCCUCCCUCUCCCCACGCAAGGCGGCGGCGGCGGUGGCGGCGGCGGCCCAGUGCCCGAACGCUCCGAGCGGCGCGCGCUGAGCGAGGCCACCAUCCAGAAACGCCGCGGCUACUGGCUCCAGCAGCGCACCCAGGACGAGGACCGCGCGGCCUCCACCAGGCGCCUGGAGUGGAGCACGCGCCUGCGCCGGCGCCAGCUCCAGGAGGCGAGCCUGGGCGUCCCGGUGCCCGACCGGACGUUCGUGUACGACCCGGACCAGGGCGCCAACGACUUCCUCGGGGCCGUCGAGCUGGCCUUCCUGGCGGGCGACCAGCGCACGUGCAUCUUCUGCUCGCGGGCCGCGAGUAGCCGGCACUCGCGGCGGUUGCCGUGCGCUUGUGUCUUUCACGCUGGCUGUCUGAACAGGUGGUUUCUGGGGCGGAAGGACUGUCCGGCUUGUAAGAGGAGGUUUAGGUUGGUGAAGAAGCCGGCGGCGUACCAGAACGGCAGGCCGGUUUGGGAGGACGAUGACACGGCUGAGUUCGUGUAG